UUUGUUUUACAGAAAUGGAUUAAUGUAAAUUAUUUAUUUUUGCCGGAAUUCUAAAUGAAACAUGUAGAAGAAAGUGAUUUUGAUGACAAUUUUAAGCUUAGAUUUGCUUAAUUGUCCUAAAGGAACUGCAUGUCACACAUGGUUAGUUCAAAGACUGUCAGAAAGUUGAAAAUCUAAGAAAUUUUCCUGCUUUACAGUUUCUACCUGUAAUAAAUGGGGUCAUUUUGGCAAUUUUUAAAAAAUAUCUUUCGAAACUGGGGGCAGUUUUUGGGAUUCAUGUGGUUAAAUGUCACUUUGACUGGAAAAUGAUCUCUUAAUAUUCUGCUGAAGCUUCCAGUCAUGGAAAUCACUGUCAUGCUGAAAGGGCUCAUCUUUUUUUGAUGAAGAUGAUGAAACUGUUAAAGAAAACUGUCGUGGAAUACUCAUUAUUGUUUCGUUUCAUUUUGAUUUAAACAGACUUGAGUCUGCUGUAGGUAAAUUAGAUAACUGCUUCUUGGAGUAACCAAACUCAAUAGAACAUUUGAUUACUUUGGAUGUUAUCUGGCUUAAAUGGGAUUUUGCCCAACAUUUUUUGAUGCUUGAGUAUUAUCUGCUAUUAGGAGCCUGUUGUGCCAUUAUGCUGGUAUGUCUGAACAGUUCCACUGAAAUGUGCACUGAAAAAAAGGUGUUGAUGAGUAUUCCUUCAUUCUCCAGCGUUUCAGUGUUUUAUGCUUGAGAGGUCUUUGAAUCCUAAACAUUAUGUUCAAUAUUUAUGAGCGCAAAACUUCGUGGUAAUCUAUCUGAUAGCUGUUGAGAUGCUUCAUCUGCAGCCCUGCUGGCAACGAGGCUGAAAACAAUAUCUCUGGGAUCGUGGCCCACAUCCCAUCUCUGACCUUCCCUCUCCAUCCAUCCAUUAUAACAAAUGCAGCACAUGUCUCGCCUCCUGUCAUCCACAGCUGAGCCUCGGGAGCGAGGAUGAUCCUGCCCUUUGCUACGGAGUCAUUCUGCAUCACUGAACUCUCUCCUGUCUGCCUGGCGCUGAAAUAAAGGCGUGCAGCUGGGUUCAGGCCCAGAGGCAUCAGAUUUUUCCCAUGUCCGUGAAGGCAGCAUCUACCUCCGGUCCGCACAUGCGCAGUGGCCUCCUGCAAGUCAGAUGGGCAGAAAAGUGUGUUUGUGUGAAAAUCACUAUUUGUGUCACUGUGAGUCUAUUAGGACCAAAAUCAGCAGCUUCCAGCCACUAUAACAAAGCUACGAUCGGAGUUGGCCUCCAUGAAGCAUGACAGGACCAGAAAUGGCAAAGCAAGCAGGACAACUUCACCAAAAGUAGGUUUAACUCAUGGAUUAUGGGCUGGUCAUCUUUGUGCUGACAGGAUCACUCGUCAGCAUUUCUUUUGCCCAGACUCGUCAGUACUUCUUUGUGAGCACGUCACUGAACUGGACUAAUGCUCAGAGUAUCUGCAGACGUGACUACACUGAUCUGGCCACCAUAGAAAGCACAGCUGACAUUGUUGAUGUUUCAAACACCACAUCCAAUUACACAGGCAAGGCUUGGAUUGGUCUUUACGAUGACUUGGAAAACAGUUGGAGAUGGUCCUUUAAUGACGGCAGCUUCUAUGGUGCCGGAGAGGAAACGUAUAGAAACUGGCUCUCAUCUCAACCCAAUAAUGUAGGAGGACAGCAGUACUGUGUGGAGCUUUUGAGUACGAGUCCAUUCUUUGGCUUAUGGGGUGACAGUGAAUGCAAUAUGACAAAACAAUUCGUGUGCUACAAUGGUACAGUGAAUGGCACAGCAUCGUUUGUUCUUGUUGAAACACCUUUAAACUGGACAGAUGCUCAGAUAUUCUGCAGGGCGAACUAUGUUGAUCUAGCCAGCAUACGAAAUUCCACAGAAAAUGCCGUUGUCACAUCCACAGCAAGGGGAAAUUUCGUGUGGAUCGGUCUGUAUCGCCAAAAAGUGUGGUCUGAUGGGAGCAACUCUCUGUUCCGACACUGGGCUGAUGAGCAGCCAGAUUCUGGCAGAGAGCGUUGUGUCGCUGCACAGUUCAAUAACUCAGGACGAUGGUCAGAUGAAGACUGCUCCCUCGCUUUCCCGUUCAUCUGUUUCACGACAAUUCCACCCAAUGCAGAAGGCUUCAGGACCAUAGCACAACUUGAGACCAGCAUCGCUCUGCAGUGGAAUAAAGUGAACGACAAUGUCGGCUUUAUCCUGCAGUUUAAUGGUUCAGAGACAAACUUCAUUGCACCGGCUGGAGAUGGACCAAUCACUCAUGCAGUGUCGUCUCUCACUGCUGGAACUUUUUACACUUUCACUCUUUUCUCAGUGUUUAAGAACGUCAGAAGCAGUGGAGUCAACAUCACUGCAGCUACUUAUCCUCCAACCACCGACAGCUUCAGAUCAACAGGACAAAAUGAGACCAGCAUCACUCUGCAGUGGAAUAAAGUGAACAACGAUGUCGGCUAUAUUCUGCAGUUUAAUGGUUCAGAGACAAACUUCAGUGCACCAGCUGGAGAUGGACCAAUAAAUCACACAGUCUCAUCUCUCUCUCCUGCUACUUACUACUUAUUCACUCUCUUCUCUGUGAUUGCAAACAUCAGAGGGACUGGAUUACAACUCUCAGCUGCUACUGAACCUCCAAUCGUCUACAGCUUCAGAUCAACAGGACAAAAUGAGACCAGCAUCACUCUGCAGUGGAAUCAAGUGAACGACAAUGUCAGCUAUAUUCUGCAGUUUAAUGGUUCAGAGACAAACUUCAGUGCAGCAGCUGGAGAUGGACCAAUAACUCACACAGUCUCAUCUCUCUCUCCUACUACUUACUACACAUUCAUACUCUUCUCUGUGUUUGAGAACGUCAGAAGCAGUGGUUUUGGAAUCGUUGCAUUUACAGCUCCUUCAAAUGCAGAAGGCUUCAGAUCAACAGGACAAAAUGAGACCAGCAUCACUCUGCAGUGGAAUCAAGUGAACAACAUUGUCGGCUAUAUUCUGCAGUUUAAUGGUUCAGAGACAAACUUCAUUGCAGCAGCUGGAGAUGGACCAAUAAAUCACACAGUCUCAUCUCUGACUGCUGGAACUAAAUACACAUUCACUCUGUUCUCUGUGUUUUGGCACAUCAGCAGUGGAGUCAACGUCACUGCAGUCACUGCUCCUCAGAAUGCAGAAGGCUUCAGAUCAACAGGACAAAAUGAGACCAGCAUCACUCUGCAGUGGAAUCAAGUGAACGGCAAUGUCAGCUAUAUUCUGCAGUUUAAUGGUUCAGAGACCAACUUCAGUGCAGCAGCUGGAGAUGGACCAAUAACUCACACAGUCUCAUCUCUGACUUCUGGAACUAAAUACACAUUCACUCUGUUCUCUGUGUUUGAGAACGUCAGAAGCAGUGGAGUCAACAUCGCUGCAGUCACUGGUAAGAUGCCAUGCUUAAUUCAUUUUGUAGUUAACUAUCUUUUGUCAUUGGCAAUAUACUAGAUGGAUAAUCAAACAUUUGAGUGUUUUGCAGAAAUAGUUUUUCGGCUAACGAUUGGUUUUUGGGCUUCAUGCAAUGUAGCGUCAGCAAACAAAAUUUUAACUUUGCAGCAACAGUCACAGAUUUUGAUAUUUUCUCUUCCUCCUUUCUGAUCUUUGCAGCUGCAUUUUAGUUUUCAAUUACAUUUCCUUGUUCCUUAUUAACUUCUGAGCUCUCUUUGUCUUUUUUUCCAUUCCUCUUUUUCCACGGCAACAUUCACUGUCCAUCCUACAACAGAAGGGCCAACGUAUGUUCUUGGACUGAACAUCAAAUUAACGUCAUUAAAUCCGCUGUCAGAAUCAGACAUGGAGAAUGUUGUGGCAGAGCUCUUCAGACAAUUAGGUUUGUCACCAGAAUUGCUUUCCCUGAAGAUUCAGUCUGUUGAGCGUUGAGACCAAUGAAGGAAAGGAGACAUGAAACGAAGGAAAGUGCAACGCAAAAAAAAAAAAAUAGGCAAACUUCUUUUCUCUUUAUAAAACAUCUCUUCAUGUGACAGUAUCAAGGAUUGUACUCGGUCUUUUCUGUAAGUUUACACAGCUUAGAAAUUAUGAAGUAUUUUGUCAGCAUUAGAACUGUUUUGUAAUUGUGUUAUGCAGUGUGUGUUGAAUUAUUCUGUGUAUUCUUGUCAACUGGAAAUAAAGUGUGACUCAUUCAA